CAUCAUUCAUUCAUGCUAUUAAUCCCAAGACAAAAUUUGUUUGUGUGAAUGUUUGUAUCAUAUCAUUGCCAUCGACGCCGCUAAAUUGUGUUCCAAGUUGUGGAUGUGUAGAUGUGUGUGUGUGUGUGUGUGUGUGUGUGCAUGUCAUAACCAUCAAAUUAACCUUUAAACUCCGAUAAUUAUGUAUCAAAUAUUUAAAAAUUGAUCCAUAUACACAGACAAGAAUGAUUGGGAUCAAAUAUUUAUCCAUGGAAAACAUCAUUCUCCAAUAUUGAAAAUUAUAAAAUUCCAGCAAUAAUUAAUUGAAAAUCAUUCUUUUGAAAUGACCGAAUGCUUAUCCAUUGAUCAAUAAAAUUAUGCUGAAAAAUGAUCAGAAUUCAGAAAUAAUUGCAACGCAGCAGAAAAAUAUCAGCUAUUAAUCGAAUCAACAUCCAUUUGAUUGAUCGAAAAAAAAAAAUCAUACGAAGAAACAGCACACACACACACACACACAUCACAUCACAUCACACACAUUGAAUGGCACAGAAUUUUGUUCCACCACAAUCAACAGCCACAAUGAAUAAUACAGCCGGCCAACAGAAUUUAACAACAGGCCAAACAGUAAUUGGUGGUGGUCGUUUUGAUUUUGAUGAUGGUGGUACUUAUUGUGGUGGUUGGCAUGAUGGUAAAGCACAUGGACAUGGUAUUUGUACUGGACCAAAAGGUCAAGGUGAAUAUUCUGGUUCAUGGCAUUAUGGUUUCGAAGUAUCUGGUGUUUAUAAAUGGCCAUCCGGUGCAACAUAUGAAGGACAAUGGCAAAAUGGUAAACGUCAUGGUCUUGGCGUUGAAUAUCGUGGUAAAUGGGUUUAUAAAGGUGAAUGGACACAAGGAUAUAAAGGACGUUAUGGUAUACGUGCUAGUCUUUUAAGUAAUGCACGUUAUGAAGGAACUUGGGCAAAUGGAUUACAAGAUGGUUAUGGUUCUGAAACAUAUGCAGAUGGCGGUACAUAUCAAGGCCAAUGGUUACGCGGUAUGAGACAUGGAUAUGGUAUACGUACAUCAGCACAAUAUGGCCAUUCAAGUAUAACUAAAAUGGCAAAUCAACAACAACAACAACAACAACAACAACAACAACAUGGCCCGAAUAAAAGUUCUUCAUUACAAUCAUUGGAUACGGAAGGUGAAGAUUCAAACAUGCAACAUGGAGAACAUAGAGAUGCUUGUCGUGGUGGUUUUAUUCUUGUUGCAAAAGUAUCAGCUGCACAGCAACAACAACUUCGAUCGAAAAGACGAAAUUCUCUUACGGAAAAAGUUACAUCAAAUACAUCAUUGACUGGUGGUUUUCUUAGAGGUCUUCGGCUACGAAAACAACGUUCAACCGGUGAUCUAGAUCUUGGCCGUAAUCAAAAAUCAAUGACACCAUCAUUGAGAAGUUCACGUGAAGAUUCGGAAACACGUUCGACCGGAUCAAAAGAUUUGCAUGCAUCACAAGGGGAUAUGGGAUCGAAUGCAAGUUUCCUAUCACAGGAUGGUGAUAUUUCCGAUCCAAGUACAGUGGAAAUUUAUCAUGGUGAAUGGAAAAAUGAUAAACGUUCUGGAUUCGGUGUCUGUGAACGUAGUGAUGGUCUUCGUUAUGAAGGUGAAUGGUAUAAUAAUAAAAAAUAUGGCUAUGGUGUUACUACAUUCCCCGAUGGUCAACGUGAAGAAGGCAAAUAUAAGAAUAAUGUGCUCAUUACAAAUAUCCGAAAAAAACAUUUAUUCAUGAUGCGUAGUAAUAAAUUACGUGAACGUAUUGAAUCAGCUGUGGCUGAAGCACAUCGUGCACAACAGAUUGCUUUACAAAAAUCCGAUAUUGCCGCAUCAAGAACGGCAACGGCACGAUCAAAAAGUGAACAGGCCGAUUAUGGAGCCAGUUCAGCACAAAAUGAUUCCCAAAUGGCCAUUAUUAUUGCUAAACAAUAUGGUGGUGCCGAUCUAACUGGACAAGGUUCAAUUGCACCACUUCGUCGACGAUUAUCAGAUUUUUCACAUGUUCGUCGAAUGCGUGAAGGACAACCAACACCACCAGGAACUGGACCGAAUAUGUUUGAUCAACAACAGCAGCAGCAGCAGCAACAACAACAACAACAACAACAAAAUAGUAGUGGGCAAUUUUUAAAUCCAAAAGAACCAUUCGGUGGAAGAAGAGGUUCAUUUCGAAGCCAAUUGCUCAACAACAAUUCUAAUUUAAAUAAUCAACAACAUCAGCAAGGAUAUGGCUAUCAUUCAACAGUUAAUCAACAACAACAACAAGGUUUUGGUUAUCCAAACAAUCCGAAUAAUGUACAAACAAAUCGUUUCCCAUAUCCACAACAUUCACCCACCGGUAAUAAAGAUCCAAAAGAUGUGUUUCAAACACAAGCAUUCAGUGAUCGUUUUGAUCAUUAUCAACGUAAUGAUCAAUCCCCUGAUAUAUCAUUAUCGGCACGUUAUUUGGCCGGUUCACAUACACAACUAACAGCUACACCAUCAAUGACACCAACAUUCAAUAAUUCAACAACAACAGGAUAUUCAACACCCACACCAUCACCAUCGCCAACAUUUUUUCGACCACCAUCACCAUCAUUUCAUCCACAACAUCAACAACAACAACAAAUGUAUAAUCCAAAUCUACAACCGAAUAACAUAAUAGCCACUAAACCACCAUUAUCAUUUAAUUCGAAUAUACAACAAAUUCCACCAUUAAAACCUAGAAAUCGACCCCCAUUAAACGAUGUAAAUAGUACCAAUAUUAACUAUAGCAUUGAUAAAAGUCAUAAUAAUAAUGAUAAUAAUAACAAUCCGGAUGUUGGUGUACGACAUUUACGUACGGCAUCAUUAUAUCGGCCAGGUACACAACAACAACAACAACAUCAACAACAGCAACAGCAUUUGAAUCCAUCCAGUUCCGGUGGUUUCAAACGUAAACCAUCUUUACAGCCAAAUGUAUCAAGACAAUUAAGUAAACCAUUAAUGUCACGUGAAGAGGCAUCAAUAUUAUCACAUCAACAACGUGAACAACGUCGUAUUGAACAAGAAUAUCGUGAACGUUUAUCACAGAAUCCAUUAUUAUAUUUAUGGUCACCUAGUUUUAUAAAUUGGUUAAAUAGACAAAAAUUGGUCAUUCUUGUAUUUUUAAUCAAUGUAUCGAUAGCCUAUCUAUUCAUAAGGAUGAUUGUGUCAUAAUAAGAAUUUUAAAUAAAUUUUAAAUUUUUGAAUAUACUAAAAUUUAAUUUGUAAAUCUAUUGUCCCUUUAAAAAAAUAUGCUCAGAUCAGAUCAUAUAUGUUUGUGAGACAAAAAUUUUAUUUAUUCUAAAAAAAUUAAAAUGAAUAUAUAUG